AUGUUUGAAGUAGCCGGCGAAAUGUUUGAAGCGGUGGGCCAGGCGGACCGCGCCAUGGAGUGCUUCCGACGUGGGCACGCUUAUCGUCGUGCUGUCGAACUCGCGCGGGCACACAAUCCCCAGGACGUAACGAAGCUCGAGAACGCUUGGGGCGAUCAUCUCUGCUCGUUGAAGCAGUACGACGCCGCGAUCAACCACUUCAUUGAAGCUGGAGAAUCUCACAAGGCGAUCGAAGCAGCAAUCAACGCGCGUCAAUGGACCAAAGCACAGCACAUUCUCGAAGAAGUAGCCGACGAUCCUUCGUAUGCCAAGUACUUCAAGGUCAUCGCCGCGCACUUCAGCAAAACGCAAGAAGUAGACAAGGCGGCUGAGUUGAUGAUCAAAUCUGGAGACGAAAGGAACGCGGUGACUCUGUUACUCGAUUCUGGCAGGUGGCGUGAAGCGUUCAUUAUGGCUUCGCAGAGCAUGACGAAUACUGAGGUGGAUCGUCUAUUUACUGGGAAGGCGGACGAGAUGGCCGACCAGGGCAAGUACGAUGUCGCGGAGGAGUUGUUGCUCCUGUGCGAGAAGGAGGACUCGGCGAUUUCGAUGUACAAGCGGCUGAAGAAAUGGGACGACAUGAUCCGUCUGGUGGAGCAAUAUCACCCAGAUCUCGUUGACAAGUCGUAUGCUGCUGUUGGCAAAGCACUCGCCGAGGACAACGCCUACUCGCAGGCGGAAAAGUACUUCAUCAAGGGCAGCGACUGGAAGUCAACAAUCAAUAUGUAUCGCGGCGCGAAUAUGUGGGAGGACGCGUACCGCAUCGCGCGCACGCACGCUGGCGACAUUGCCGAAAAACAACUCGCGUUUUUAUGGGCCAAGUCCCUGGGCGGCGAGUCAGCAGUAAAACUGCUCAAUAGGUUGCGCCGCAUGGACGACGUGAUCGACAUUGCUGCGACGAACGGUGCGUUUGACUUUGCCUUUGAACUUGCUCGCUCGUGUGGUAAUCCUCAGAAAACCUUCGACGUACACGAGAAAGUGGCGAUGCACCACGAAGACGAGGGCGAUUUCGCCACCGCAGAGGUCCAUUUUGUCAAGGCGAAAAAGCAUCGUGAAGCUGUACUAAUGUACGUCCAUAACAAGGACUGGGAUUCCGCUGAGCGCGUGGCUAACGACUCUGGCGAUAAAAACUCCCUCCAGGACAUUCUCAUCGGCCAAGCCUCCCAAGCGUUUGCCAAGGAGGAUUACCAAACUGCCGAGGCUUUCCUUCUUCGCGCGGAGAAGCCGGAGAUUGCUGUUGAUCUCUACCGACAAUCUGGAAACAUUCGAGAUGCGAUCCGGGUUGCUUCUGAAUACUGUGCAAACUCGCAGCUUCUUGGCGAACUUCAGCAAGAGUAUCGCGACCAAGGAGGGCGUCCGAUGGAAGCACUGCCACCCCGAGUUCCAUCCGUGCCUGACCAUGCUCCCAGUGAUUUGAGAUCGAUUGUCGAAUCCGCCACUGGUUGGGAAAAGGAGCAAGAGUACGUCCAAGCGAUCAGUACUUACCUCAAGAUCCAGCCCGACAUGAGCACAGACAAGUCCGCCCUAGAAAAGUACUGGACUCGAGCAAUGAAGCUUUCUGAAAAGUUCUUGCCGGACAAGACCGCCAAAAUCAGCAGCCACGUUGCUUCAAAAUUGCAAGAAAUCGGCCGUUACACUAGUGCGGCCAAGAUUUUGCUCUCGAUCAACGACAGUAAAUCUGCUAUCAAAUGCUUGAUGGAGGGCAACGAGUGGAACAAGGCGAAAAAGGUGGCGAAGGAAAUGGAGCCCGCGCUGCUGCCCCACGUCGAAGAAAAACACCGCAAGUUUUUGAAAGAAAAGGGCAAUGCAGACGAACUCGCCGGAAGCGAUCUUCAAUCCGCCUUGGAAAUGUACAAGGAGCGAGGCCAGUGGGACAAGUGUCUUGAAAAAGCAAAGACGCACUCUGUCCAGUUGUACCACAAAUACGUCGCGGUUUAUGCCGCAGAAAUGAUCAAAAAGGGACGGAAUGGAAAAGCGAUCGCUGUUUUCGCCAAGUAUGGCACGCCAAUAAAGGAGAAUGUGCUCAAAAUCUACCGGUUCCUGGCGAAAGAAGCCUUUGAAGCGCCUCCUGACAACAACCCUGCGAAAGAGUACCAGCGCUGGGCGGAUCUUCGAAAAGUGCUCUCCAAAGUCUCCGAGGAGCUGCAACAAGCGGGCAGCCCGGCAAUGGGCGAGUUUGAAAACUUCGCCACGAUUGCUCACUACAUUGGGUUGCGCGCCGCGCUGAAGACGCUCAAUGGUGCGGAAUCCCUUACUGCCAAGAUUUCCACCACUCUGCUCCGAUACAUCAACACCAUUGCUGCUGAUCGAGCAUUCUUCGAUGCUGGUGUUGACUGCAGAGAUGCAAAGAGGGUUGAUAUGGCGCUAAUGUUCAUGAAUAGGCAAAUUGGCUUUAAAAUUUACGAAAACUUUAGUUCAUCUUCAACGCCAAACAAAAGAUUCCUUGAUAUCGUCGAAGCAAUCGAAUCGGACGACCACAACUUGGACCCAGAAGGCUUCGAAGACACAGAAAUCCCACUCGAGUUCCGAUUGCCAGCUAAAGUUUGCAUGUCCAAAGUCGAGGUUGACGAGAUCCGGAACUGGGUGUUGAGCAUGUCAAUUGAUCAACAAACGGCCGCCACGGGACUGCCAAGAGACCGCCGCGGCCGAUUCGAAGGCGACGUUGGCUACCCUGUCCAGGCAGAUGAUUGCGUCGAGUUCCGAAAAGGACGCGCCGCCAACAAGGCCGAUUACCGACUCCUCUCCUCCCUUGCUCGAAACGGAACUGCCGAGCUGACCGAGACCAUCGCCUUCAUCAACAGCUGGGCCGGCAAGGCCGUUGACCCAAGAUAA